AACUCUACAUGUACCAGCAAAUAUACACAGACGUGUUUUUACCUAAGUGGUGGCAUACCACGAACACCGUUUUGCACCUUGCUUUUUUUCUCCUGACGCUCCAUCUCUGAGAACGUCGUGGGUCACUUCGUGAACUGCUUCUGUGCUUUUCGUGGCCUCAUGAUACUCCAUUGCAUGGAGAUGCCACAUGUAUGUAAGCAGUUGGGAUGUUUAGGUGCUGAUCCUGUUAUCUGUUAUAUUUGUUGUCCUUUCCAUCUUAAUGUUCUCUGCACACUUGUUGUCUUUGUUUACACCUGAGUCAGGGUCCUGUAGGAAGCUGUGGUGUGCUGGAGAAAGCUGCGGGUGAUUUAGAUCUGUGUCCUACGAUGAGUCAUGUGUGUACUCCGUGAAUACUCAGAGAUGCUCACUGAUAGCUACUCUUCAGACACAUUUCUCCAUCAUGUUCACAAGGACUAUUUGGACCACAUCUUGCUUGUCAUAGGCAUCGCCAUCAGAGAGUCUGCGAAGGUGGUCGACCAAGCCCAGAGGAGGGUGUUGAGGGGUGUCGACGACCUGGACUUCUUCAUAGGCGAUGAAGCCAUAGAUAAACCCACGUACGCCACAAAGUGGCCAAUAAGACACGGAAUAAUUGAAGACUGGGAUCUGAUGGAAAGGUUCAUGGAACAAGUGAUUUUUAAAUAUCUUCGAGCUGAGCCUGAGGACCAUUAUUUUUUAAUGUGUUUUUAUAUGGCCUUGGGCUGGUUUCUUUGUGUUCUUUCUUAUCUUUGCAUGAGGGGACUUCUUCCUGGACAGGCUGUGUGUACAGAACCUCCACUGAACACACCAGAAAACAGAGAAUAUCUUGCAGAAAUUAUGUUUGAAUCAUUUAAUGUACCAGGACUCUACAUUGCAGUUCAGGCAGUGCUGGCCUUGGCAGCGUCUUGGACCUCGCGACAAGUGGGCGAACGUACGCUAACGGGCAUCGUCAUCGACAGUGGGGAUGGGGUCACCCACGCUAUCCCAGUGGCAGAAGGGUAUGUCAUUGGGAGCUGCAUCAAACACAUCCCCAUCGCAGGGAGAGAUAUUACGUAUUUCAUGCAACAGCUGCUGAGGGAGCGCGAGGUGGGGAUUCCUCCGGAGCAGUCGCUGGAGACUGCCAAAGCCAUCAAGGAGAAAUACUGUUACAUUUGCCCUGAUAUCGUAAAGGAAUUUGCCAAGUAUGAUGUGGAUCCUCAGAAGUGGAUCAAACAGUACACGGGGAUCAAUGCAGUCAACCAGAAGAAGUUCAUUAUAGAUGUUGGCUACGAGAGGUUCCUGGGCCCUGAGAUUUUCUUUCACCCGGAGUUUGCCAACCCAGACUUUAUGGAGUCCAUCUCGGACGUUGUUGAUGAAGUCAUACAGAACUGCCCCAUCGAUGUCCGUCGUCCGCUGUAUAAGAAUGUCGUUCUUUCAGGGGGCUCAACGAUGUUCAGGGACUUUGGACGUCGCCUGCAGAGAGACUUAAAGAGGGUGGUGGACGCCAGACUGAGACUCAGUGAGGAGCUCAGCGGUGGCAGAAUAAAGCCCAAGCCCGUGGAGGUCCAGGUGAUAACCCAUCAUAUGCAGCGGUAUGCGGUGUGGUUUGGAGGCUCCAUGCUGGCCUCAACUCCGGAGUUCUUUCAGGUCUGUCACACCAAGAAGGGCUACGAGGAGCACGGCCCCAGCCUCUGCCGCCACAACCCCGUCUUUGGAGUCAUGUCUUAGUGGUGGCUUCGACACCGCCCUUCCGGUGGCGUCGCGGCGGUGUGCAAGUGUCCUUCAGACCCG